UCUAUGGUUUAGUUUAUGGAGGAAAAAGCACGAAAAAAGAUGUUAGAGAAUAUUUUUUUCUAAUUAUUUUAAAAUAAAUUGUGCAGAUAAAAGUACAUUCGAAUUAGUGUUAAAGGUAAUUCGGUUCUGCUAAUAUUUAUAUCAAUAAAAUUUUCAUUUUAUAUAAUUCAUAAUUUCUAUCAUCUCAGUGUCAGUGCUAACAUUUCAUUUCGUUCGUGUAACGUAAUAGAAAGGUGCGAGUUAUGUAACCUUGAAUCACGGGAUUUUAGUAUUGAUCUCUUAACAUUAAAUUAAUUUGUGGAAAGUCCGGGAAGAGGAUUGGCAGUGUAACUUAACCCAGUAUUUGAAAUCAAGACAGAAACAUGCAUCGUGCACGGAUAGCACUCCAGGCCUCUACAAGAACAGGCAACACAGAAAGAUUUGCAUCAUGGCUCCUCAACAAACCACAGGCCGCCGCUGCGACAGUAUACGCCAACAGGCCGAAAAGUUCCACGGCAGCAGAACCUUUCCUCAAUGGCUCCAGCUCAGCGUAUGUGGAGACCAUGUACAACAACUGGCUCUCCGACCCCAACUCCGUACAUGCAUCCUGGGACGCAUUCUUCCGCAAUGCGACUAACGGGGCGCAACCCGGCGUUGCUUACACACCUCCGCCAAAUCUGGCGCCCUAUUCCAAGAACGAAGUACCGCUGACGUCACUCGUCCCGGCCUCCGGCGGCAUGCCUUCUAUUUCAGCCGGAUCUCCCAUCAACGAAAAGAUCAUCGACGACCAUCUCGCCGUGCAGGCCAUCAUCAGAAGUUAUCAGUCUCGCGGUCAUCUCGUGGCGCGGCUCGAUCCUUUGGGCAUCUCGACCGGGGACCCCAGCUCGAGCGGCGACUGGCAUGGCGGCCUCCGAGCCUUCGCCAGCGAAGUGGUGAUUAGGCAACACGUUCGAUUCGAUGAAGCUGAUAUGGACAGGGUUUUCAAACUGCCCUCUACCACUUUUAUUGGAGAAAAGGAGAAAGCUUUGCCUUUGAGAGAGAUCCUGAAUCGUCUCGAACAGGCGUACUGCAACAACAUCGGCAUCGAGUUCAUGUUCAUCAACUCGCUGGAGCAGUGCAACUGGAUCAGACAGCGCAUGGAGCCGCCCAAUGUCACGAAGAUGAGCAACGACCAGAAGAGAUUGAUCCUUGCUCGACUCACGAGAUCUACUGGAUUUGAGAAUUUCUUGGCAAAGAAAUGGUCGUCAGAGAAGCGCUUCGGACUCGAGGGCUGCGAGAUCUUGAUCCCGGCAAUGAAGCAGGUCAUCGACACCUCCACGCGUCUCGGCGUCGAGUCCAUUAUUAUGGGAAUGCCACAUAGAGGACGUCUCAACGUGUUAGCCAACGUUUGCCGCAAGCCUCUUCACCAGCUGUUCACUCAGUUCGCCGGCCUCGAAGCCGAGGACGACGGUUCUGGUGACGUGAAAUACCACUUGGGCACAUACAUCGAGCGACUCAACCGCGUCACCAACAAGAACAUCCGGCUGGCGGUGUGCGCCAACCCGUCUCACUUGGAGGCCGUUGACCCCGUGGUGCAGGGCAAGACGCGCGCCGAGCAGUUCUACAGAGGCGACAAUGAGGGCAAGAAGGUGAUGUCGAUCCUGCUGCACGGCGACGCGGCGUUCGCCGGGCAGGGCGUGGUGUUCGAGACCAUGCACUUGUCGGACCUGCCCGCCUACACCACGCACGGCACCGUGCACAUCGUCGCCAACAACCAGAUCGGCUUCACCACCGACCCGCGCCACUCGCGCUCCUCGGCCUACUGCACGGACGUGGCGCGCGUGGUGAACGCGCCCAUCUUCCACGUGAACAGCGACAACCCGGAGGCGGUGAUGCACGUGUGCAACGUGGCGGCCGAGUGGCGCGCCACCUUCCACAAGGACGUGGUCAUCGACAUCGUGAGCUACCGCCGCAACGGCCACAACGAGGUCGACGAGCCCAUGUUCACGCAGCCGCUCAUGUACCAGAAGAUCCGCAAGACCAAGCCCGUUUUGGAAAAGUACGCCGACCAGCUGAUCACCGAAGGCGUGGUCACCGCAGAAGAGGUGAAGGACGUGAAGGACAAGUACGAGAAGAUCUGCGAGGACGCGUACAACCAAGCGAAGCAGGAGACACACAUCAAGUACAAGGACUGGCUUGACUCUCCGUGGUCUGGUUUCUUCGAGGGCAAGGACCCACUCAAGAUGUCCACAACCGGCGUAGUAGAAGAGACGUUAGUUCACAUCGGCAAACGUUUCUCGUCACCCCCGCCCAAUGCGGCCGAGUUCGAGAUCCACAAGGGUCUGCUGCGUAUCCUCAAGGCGCGCAUGGAGAUGGUGGAGAACCGCACCGUGGACUGGGCGCUGGCGGAGGCCAUGGCGUUCGGCUCGCUGCUGAAGGAGGGCAUCCACGUGCGACUGUCCGGGGAGGACGUUGAGAGAGGCACAUUCUCACACAGGCACCAUGUGCUGCACCACCAGAAAGUGGACAAGGCCACAUACUGCCCCCUGGCCCACCUCUACCCCGACCAGGCGCCCUACACUGUCUGUAACAGUUCUCUUUCUGAGUACGGUGUGCUAGGCUUUGAAGUAGGCUACUCAGUGACAAACCCGAACGCCCUCGUCCUGUGGGAGGCGCAGUUCGGAGACUUCAACAAUGUGGCCCAGUGCAUCAUCGAUCAGUUCAUCUCGAGUGGACAGGCCAAGUGGGUGCGACAGUCGGGCAUUGUUCUGCUGCAGCCCCAUGGUAUGGAGGGAAUGGGUCCGGAACACUCUUCGGCUCGUUUGGAGCGGUUCCUACAGAUGAGCGCCGACGAUCCCGACUACAUGCCGCCUGAAAGCCCUGACUAUGAAGUUCGUCAACUGCACGACUGCAACUGGAUAGUGGCCAACUGCUCGUCGCCCGCGUCGCUGUUCCACAUCCUGCGGCGGCAGAUCGCGCUGCCGUUCCGCAAGCCGCUCAUCCUCAUGACGCCCAAGUCGCUGCUCAGACACCCCGAGUGCAAGUCCACCUUCGACGACAUGGUCGAGGGCACUACGUUCAGGAGAUUGAUCCCCGAGGAGGGCCCCGCGGCGCAGAACCCGUCGAACGUGCGCAAGGUGGCGUUCUGCUCCGGCCGCGUGUACUACGACCUGCUCAAGCAGCGGCGCGAAAAGAAUCUCGAGAAAGACAUUGCUAUUGUCAGGUUGGAGCAAAUCUCACCGUUCCCGUACGACCAGAUCAAGGCGGAGAUCGCCAAGUACCCGAACGCGCAGCUGGUGUGGAGCCAGGAGGAGCACAAGAACAUGGGCUCGUGGAGCUACAUCGAGCCGCGCUUCCGCACGCUGCUGCAGAACCAGAAGCAUAUCAGGCCUAUGUCCCGAUCACAAACCGGCGGUUGGUUUAGCCAACUGUUCGGUAAGGCUGAGGCGCCUCAAAGUGAUCAAACGGGACCGCAUACUGAGGCCGUACCGCGCACCAUUAGUUACAACGGGCGUGCGACAGCCGCGUCUCCCGCCACCGGAUCCAAGGCAGCCCACAACAAAGAGCUCAGAAAUCUCCUCGAAGAGUUUUGCGUACUAUAAACGAAUCAUAUCGACACAACUAUGACUUCAGCAAAACAAUACGAAAACCACCGUCGCGUCAGUUGUCCAAUUGUACUUUGCAACACAUUUGUUUGAUCGAAAUUUGAAAGUGUAUCGAAAUCUCAAAAUAAUCACCGAAAUGCGAAAUGAAAAAAUUUUUGAUUUUAGCUGUAACAGUCAGUAUUUACAAUUCUCUUUACUUUUAGUUAGUCUACUUAGAUAAAUUGUAAUUUAUUUAUUCAAUGUAGCAUUAACGUUUAGUAGGCACUAUUUAUUGUAAUAAUUGUAUUAAUUAUAUUGUUUUUUUUUUUUAAAUAAAUCGAUACAGCAAUAUAUUAUACGUAGCGUCCCGUAGAAUGUAAUUAGUAGCGCUUUUAGAGCUGGGAACGUAAUGUAAAUAAAUAACAGUUACUGUGUUACUCUCUAUCAAAAUAAUUAUAUCUAAAGGGUAGAACGUUCCUUUAACAUAAUUAAAACAUUAACGGAGCUGUGAAAUUACCCAUCGCUAUUUUUAUAAUUUUGAAGUCUUGAGUGACUUCAAAACGAUAAAAAUAAGAGGAACUUGUAACUUUUUUUUUUUUUUAAUAUCGAUACUGUUGUAUGUAAUACGUAGUUUGCACUCCAAACGAUAUUUAACACGAUAUUACUAGUGAGUAAUUUAAACAUAAUAAAUUAUAAUUAGUUUUUUGAAAAUUGGACGUAUUAAAUAUAUUAAUAGUAUAGUUAAAAUUAUACUAUAGUUGAAACUUAAAAAGUCUUUGCGGUAGCAAUGUGAUGUUAAUAUAUUUUGCGACAGUGUAUCCGUUUCGCAUAGUUUUUAGUUUCAUAGUUACCGCCGAUCUGGCACUUGUAAGGAGCAACACCAAACAUAAUUAAUUAUUGUGCGUAUUUUAAACUACUCGUCUGUAAAAUUUUCAGUGUUGUUAUUAUUAUUAUUAUUAUAUAAUAAAUGUAUAAUGUUAUGUAGAUUAAAAGUCUCGUCACAUUUAGGUGAUAAUCUGCCGUCGAAAUAACUUAUUAUAUUAAUAUGAAGGUCCAAUAUACACCAUAAAGUUUCAUUCGUCUUAAAUUGAAAUUCCACAUAAUGUAUCUAAUGUAUAUUAUCCAUAUAUAUUAUAAAAAAAACAAAGUACAAUUCAAGGAUAUACGAUUGUAACAAACUUUCAAUAAUCAUUUUUUUUUAAAACGUCUUAUAUUUUCACUUUCAUUUUCAAUAACUUCAUACUUACGAAACAAAUGUUUAAUUUUUUUCAUAAAUUGAUUUUUUUGUUUCGCUAGCGUGUGAAUUAGCUACAGGUCAUUUUUUAAUAUUGUCAAGAGGUUUCUUGUAUUGGACUGAUGGGGCGGCUUACAGACGGUGAAACUAGCAUGGUGUAUUUGCAAAAUGUAUUUUUUUUAAAUACAUUCAAUGAUUAAGUGCUAUGACUUCUGAAUUACCUGUUAUUUAUGAUAGUAUUUUGUAGUCAGUAAAUUAUUUUAUUUAUUUCAUUAUUUAAUUAUAUAUUUUUUUACGUUAAUAUUGACAUUGUAUUUAAAUUUAUAUAGGUUGUGAGUUUCAGUCAUUGAGUAAUGAUACAGUUUUAAUUCGACCGCAUUCUAUCACUAAAUGAAAAGGCUUUAAUUACUAUUAUACCUAAUAAUUAACAGUUCUAAACUGUCUGGUCUAUAUAUUCGUGCGUUGUAUGUAUAUUAUUAGUAACUAUAAUGGAACGUGUAUCGGAACACCGGCUUUGUAACCGCUUGUAUUAUACGCACUAUUUUAUUGUUAAAUCGAUUUUGAUCUUCGUAUUUUGGAACUAGCUCAGGUAUGAAGGGAUUGUAUGCAAGGGAUUGAAGGAUGUUUGUAUGAGAGGCACACGUUUGGUCGGCCGCCUGAGCGAUUUAUUGCUACAUAGUUUGAUCUAGUUAAUUUACAAUAAAUAUUAUUAUAUUCAGUAAAAAAA